AUGGGUCGUCUUAUCAAGAACCACUGGGCACGGCUCAUUGUGCUGACUGCUGCUACCUACCAAGUGGCUGCAGCGGUCGAGGGCUUCUUCUGGCCCAAGAUCUUCUGGGAUUUCUUGACCCGCAACCUCGACCCCAUCGUCAAACCCGUUCCGAUAUUGCAGAUUGUCAAUCUGCUUUUGGGUCUGUUCAUGCUCGCUUGGGAGUGGCCCCUCGGCGCCCUUGCCGGCACAGCCAUCCAUCGCAGCCUCGAGUCCCGCCUCGCCGUCAUCCCGUUGGCAUCUCUGGCCGCUGUUCUGCUGUACCAGGGCACCAACUCCGCCAUCUACUACGUCGUCGGCAUGGCCGUCUACUUUUGGGCUUACAGCGAAGGCGAAAUCAUCUGCGCCAAGCCAUGGUCCCUUCCCCAGCGUGGCAGCCGCACCGGCCGCGUGUAG